AUGGACGUAUUCGAAUUUGUGGAACCUCUGAGGAAGCGAAAAAUUACGAAAAAUCUCUUUGACUUCGAUCAGUAUGUGUACAAAGAGAAGCUGGAAGAAUCGGAGGAGAAAAAAAGCGAAGAGUAUGUCGUGAAGAAGAAGAAGAAAAAAAAGAAACUGAGAAGAGUACUGGACAGUUCAAAUAGCGAGGGGGAUAAAGACGAUUCGAAGGGGGAUCAUUCCCUCCAGUUGGGGAAGACGCGAAAGGGACGAGAUCAUGAGAGCCCCAAGAAGGAAGUCGAAGACGAGGAACAAAAGGAUGCCACUCCGUAUCAUCAAAAUGGAGAUAACAACCUAAGUGACGAUAAAGAUUACUCCAUGUCUAACGAGGCAGAGGAGGAGAAGGAGUAUGAAAAAAAUCUGAAAGACCUAUUCGAAUGCUUAUUAGCCUCCAUAAAGAUAAAGAACAAAAUUAUAGAAUACUUCACUUCAAACGUGAAAGAAAAGAGACAAGAGAUUAUCAAAGAAUUUGUAAAGGGGUCCUUCCGAGUAAGUAACUUCGACGCCAAUUUCAACAGCUUCGAGAAAGAUGUGGAUACAUUUCAUAAGCUGAAGAAGUAUCAGAAAUGUGGCGUCUUCUGGUUAUAUGUACUGUACAGAGAAAAUAAAAAUGGCAUUUUGGCCGAUGAGAUGGGACUAGGAAAAACAGCACAGACAUGUGUAUUCCUCGAUUACAUGUAUCGAACGAAGGAACUACAAAAUAAGACUAUCAUUGUCGCUCCGACCAGUUUACUCAAAAAUUGGAAUAACGAAAUUAACAUGUGGUGUCCUUACCUGAGGAAUCAUAAAAUUAUCUACUAUGGAAAUCAAAAUGAAAGAAAAUAUCUUGCAUAUGAUAUUUUUACAAACAAGACGAACAAUAUACAUUUAAUCGUAACCAGUAUUAAUAUGCUUAUGGGAAAAAAUGAUGUGUCCUACUUCAGACAGAUUAAGAAGUAUGACUACCUCAUCUUUGACGAGGCUCAUUUCUUAAAAAAUAAAAACUCAUUAAUAUACAAAAAAUUACAGAAGAAAAUCGUUUUUAAUAAUAAAAUUCUGCUGACAGGGUCACCCAUCCAGAAUAAGACAGAGGAACUGAUGAAUCUUCUUCUUUUUCUCAUGCCAGAAAUAUUUACCGAAAAGAAUAUCAAUAAUGCAAUGAAUGCUUUUGUUAAAAUGUACGAAGACAUCCUCAACAGUAAGGAGAAUGACGAUCAGUGUAUCCUAGAAUCUGAUGGCACCCCUCUGAAGAAUGCAAAGACACUGGAAAUUUACGAGAUCAAGUCUAUGGAAAAGAAGGAACCAAGCGAGAUGAAUGACUCCAGAAAUAGUGACGAAACCUACAGGGAGGAAACCAGAAAUAUCAUAAGGAAUUACCUCAUCGAAACCAUUAAGAACGAUGUGAAGUAUGUCAAAUUGAAGAAUAAGGAGAUUAUUCUGCUGCAGCUCAUUAUUGAGCCGUACAUAUUGAGGAGGUCCAAAAAACACGUCUUUAUCGACAUGCCGAAGAAGCAUAGCAUAAUUAUUAAGCUGCCCCUCAACACAACGCAGCUGAAUCUGUACAAGGAUGAAAUAAUGUCCAAGAUGCAGCAUACGCAUAAGCACCUGGAGUUUUUGCAGAACCAUUCGGAUGAGAAGGAGCUCCAGAAGCUGGCACUCAUCUUCGAGAAGAAGGACAUCAAGCGGGAGAACCUUUUCCGCGCGAGCAGCGACGGGGGGGAUGGCGACGGUGAGGAGGAGUCGGGAGCCACCCCGAAUAGGUGCAGUCACGUGGGGGAGCCUACGGAUGGGCCGCACACGGAGGCGGCGAGUGGAGCGGUGACUGGACCGUCCCAUGGUGUCUCUUCCAGCUCGGAUAGUGGGCACCCUGUAGGUGAGGCAGACUUCGAAGGCGGAGUUGCCCCAGCGGAAGAGCCCAACGACUACGAUGAUGAGGACGACAAAAUUGGUGAAGAAACCAUCAACAUAGAAAAAGCAGAAGAAAACAAAGACAGCAACAUCAUAAUCAACAAAAGGAAAGACGAACCGGUGGACGAUGAAAGUGCUAACAACACCAGCAAAGAAGUUCGAGGAAAAAUGAUAAAUGCAUCCAUCUUCAUUUUAAGGAGAAUAUGCAACCACCCACUUCUACACAAGUACUACUACUCCGUUGAUGACAUAAAAAAAAUAUCAAAAUAUUUCUACGCCAACACAGAUCAGUAUCUUGACUUGGACUUGAAGACAGUCGAAAAUGAAUUCAUGAAAAUAUCCGAUUUUGAUAUUCACCUCUCCAUUAAGCAUUUAAUAUCACAAGGAGAUGAGAACCUAAACAAGUACCUAAUUUCAAAGGAGCACAUAUUAAACAGUAGCAAGAUACACCAUAUGAUUUCUUUGAUUAAGGAGAUUAGGAAGAAGAAGGAGAAGGUCCUCAUUUUUUCCCAGUUCACUACCUUCCUUGAUAUCAUUGAGGAGGCGCUUCUGUACGAAUUUAUUUACGACGAGCAGGACUUUUCGGACCAUCUGCAGGGCGGGCAGAGCGGUCACCUACAGGGGAAGAGCCACCUCAGCGGGAGGGAAAACGCGGGUGAUGCUGGCGAAGCAGACGAAACGGACCGAGCAGACGAAGUCCACCAGAGCAACUCCGGUAAGGAGGAUGACCCCAACAGCGACUUCAACAAAAAUGACAAGGAUCUGUACCUGUCGUCCUCCACCACGUCCACGCCCUCGUACACAUCCGACCGCAAAGGGAACAACCAAAUAUACGUCCGCCUCGAUGGAUCCACCAACACGAUAGAGAGGCAGAAAAUUAUAAAGCGCUUUUCCAAGAAUGAUGACGUUUUUAUCUUCCUCCUGUCGACCAAGGCGGGCGGCGUUGGGCUGAACUUGAUCGCGGCCAACCACGUAAUACUGAUGGACCAGGACUGGAACCCCCACAACGACAGGCAGGCGGAGGAUAGAGUUCACCGAUUAGGACAAAAGAACGAAGUGUAUAUUUACCGGUUGUGCUGCAAGAACACCAUCGAGGAGACCAUACUUCGGUGUUGUAAAGCAAAGCUCCACCUGGACCAGGCCUUCGGCGGCAACAGCGACAUGUUGCGAACAGCCCUUAUAAAGGAUGCCCUGAGUGCAAUCGAGAUGCAGUAA